AUGAUCAGUGCUGAAGACGAUACUUUCUACUACUACUACUUCGUCGCACUUGAAGAACAACUACAACAGCCUGUAAAGAGAAACCUGCUCAACAUGUUCAACGUAGCGCCGCAGUGUGUUGGCAGUAAAACCGGAGCGCGAAACGUCGCUGAUGAUGAUUCUGAAUUGGACGCGUUUUGCGAGGGCCUGGAAGAAGUGAUCCGCAACGAGAAGUCCUUCCAAAAAUUAGUUGUCGGAGACUUCAACGCAAAACUAGGAAAGGCUGCAGAAGAGGAAUACAGGAUCAGAAGGAAUUCAAUGAACAAAUUCUAUGCGGACUGUUAG